GCGUGCUGUCUUGGUGUGGGAGGAGCAGGCGGGUGCCCUCAACUUGCAGCUGAAGGCGGAAGCUCUUUGGGGUUUGCUGUUGAUGCUUGAGGCUUUCAUAGAGUUGCAGCAUCUGAGCUGAGGUGUUCGCUGCUGGACUGAUGCAGGCGUAUAAAGGCAGAGCUGGGUCUUCCCCCAGGGCUCAGUCUGGGACAGCCCAGGCAGUUUUUGGUUGCCAUAUGGAAGACAACGCCAAGCACAUCCAGGCCAUCCCACUCCCAGCCAUGCAGCAGAACUUGAACUACGUGUACCCCCAGAUCUUUUGGGUGGACGGCUAUGCCAACACAAGUGCUUCCUGUCCCUCAGCACCCCCCGUCGCUCCUUUUCCACCACCAGUACCUGACCGGAGGAAAAAACCAAGGAACAACAGAGAAAGGAGGAGUGUCAGCUUCCUGGUGAUCUCCUUGCUGAUCCUGGUGGCCCUCACUGGCGUGGGCCUGAGCAUGUUUCAGAUUUUCCACCUGGAGAAGGAACUGGCUGAACUCAGAGAGUCUGCCAGCAGUGAACACAUCCCUCCAGCUUUGGAGAAGCUCAUAGGGCAAAAGGAACAGUCAAUGACAAAGGAAGUGAGAAAGGCAGCACACUUAACAGGGAACCCAGCCCAGCGGGACCUCCCUCUAGAGUGGGAACCAAUCUCUGGUCAUGCCUUCACCAAUGGCAUUGAGUACCGUGAUCAGGGCCUUGUCAUCAAUGAGACCGGCCUGUACUUCGUGUAUUCCAACGUGCUUUUCCGGGGCAGCGUCUGCAGCAGCAGCCAGAUGUUAACCCACAUUGUCUACAAGAAAAACCCAGCCUCACCAGGCAGCCAUGUGCUGAUGGAGGACAAAGGCAUCAACUACUGUACAAGUCAGAAAACAUGGGCUCGGAAAAGCUACCUGGGGGCUCUAUUCAAGCUCAGGAAGAUGGACAGUUUGCACGUCAACGUCUCCAAAAUUGCUCUGGUUAAUUUUGAGGAAUCUAAGACAUUCUUUGGCUUAUUCAAACUUUAAAUGGGGUUGUUGGAUCAUGGCUGGCAGUGCCUCACACACACUAGGACAUGUGAGAGGUUAGUGCUGGCUGAGCAGCAGUGGCCAAGCCAGGGUCUUGCACCACAAAGCUCAUCAAGAAACCAUAUUUUGCCCUUCAUUGUGAGAGGGCUUAAGCAA